AUGUGCAAGAUGACGCUGGGCGUGCAUCCGUACCAUGCGGGUGAGAUCUACGAGCAUGAGGGAUCUGAAGGCAGCCAGAAUAGCUACCUUGCAUCCAUUCAAAAGUUCGCAGAGAUGCUGCUGGCAAAUAAGUCUUCUCCACUUGCAGCCUUUGGCAAAAUUGGCCUCGACUAUAUUUAUCUGGAUCGCGCGGACAAAGACACGCAACAACGUGCAUUCCGCGAUCAAUUGGGGUUGGCUACACAGCUGCAGUUGCCUCUGUUUCUGCACGUUCGUGAAUCCACCGAUGACUUCAUCUCAAUCAUCAAGCCCUAUCUGCCUAGAUUACUUCGUGGGUGGCCUGAUCUUGACAUUAGUGUUCAUGGCGUUUCGUUUCGGACAGAGGAGCAAAUUGAGAUGGUGAAAAGCAUCCCGUUGGAAAAGCUGCAGAUUGAAACAGAUGCUUCGUGGUGUGAAGUCUUGUCUAAUGAUCCUAAAAUUGAACGCUUCUUAGAGACUGCGAGGCCUCUGCUGCCGAGCCGGAAACAUAACAAAUUCAUCGCGGGGCAAAUGGUGAAAACUAGAAAUGAGAGCUGCACUGUCGAGAGAGUUGAGUUGGUGGUGGCAGGGAUAAAGGGAUUGACUCUGGAGGAGGUGGUUGAAGCUGCGUGGACGAAUAGUUGUCGGAUGUCCUGGUGA